AACUGGGCAAUUUACGUCAAAUACUAGUUUACUCCUUUUCUUGCAUCAACGACUUUCAGUGUUCGCUUGCUUGUAGAUUUGAGGCAUUGAUCAAAGAAACAAAAAGGAGUAUUAGGUCACCUAACACAGAAACAAAAUCCAGCUCUAGUUUUAAGGAUCAGAGUAACUUUUGAAGUUCAUAAAACUUCAAAAUCCAGCGUCAGAUCUCACUGUCCAAAAUCCCACGUUUAAAAAGUUUUGAAACUCAAAACUGUGAGGUCUCUGUUUCUACAACAAUCAUCUAUUUUGUCUUCUGUAAACUAACAUACACAUUUGGUUAAUGAUUUUUUUAUUAUCAUUUGCAGAACAAGAAUAUAUAUAAAUUUCUCUUGAAGUUCUGUUCUAACAUUGUAAGUUGCUGCUGCUUAUAUGCAAGUGUUAUCAGAAAACUCUUUUCUGGAAGCCUUGUUAAUUGUUCUUAGUGUUCUGGGUCUUUCUUGUUGUUCUUUCUGUGUUGCUCUUUAAAAAGGGAUCUGGGUCACAAUAUUCUUCAUCCAGGACACUCUGAAUCUUGAAAAUUCUCAUUUUCUCGCUUAAUAGGUGAUCAAGAAUAUACCCUUUUUUAAUCUGGGUGUAUGUGAUUUUUUUCAAGUCUUGAUUUUUAGCUUAAAGGGUAUCCAAGAUUCCUAAAUUAUAAUUGUGAACACUACAGUUUGCUAAAAUUAUCAUCAAAAAGACAAUAUGGUAGCAGGAAAUAACCUCUUCUUCCCAGUAAUUGUGUUAGCUUCAUGCGUUGCUAUUCUAUUUAUAGCCUUUGGUGGCUUGUGGUCUGAGCAUACCCAGAAGAAGGUGAGUUUUGUGAAAAGAAAUGGGACCCAUUUCAUUGUAGACGGUGGAGUUUUCUAUGUUAAUGGCUGGAAUUCAUACUGGUUGAUGGACCAUGCUGUAAAUGAUCACGGCAAACAUACAAUCAAAGCGAUGCUGCAAGCAGGUGCGAAGAUGGGUCUGACUGUUUGUCGAACUUGGGCUUUUAAUGAUGGUGAUUACAAUGCACUCCAGAUUUCCCCUGGUCAAUUUGAUGAGAAAGUAUUUAGGGCACUGGACUAUGUCAUAGCGGAAGCCAGGCGACAAGGAGUCAGGCUGCUGCUUGCUUUAGUCAAUAAUUUGGAAGCUUAUGGCGGUAAAACUCAAUAUGUCAAGUGGGCAUGGGAAGAGGGCCUUGGUUUGACAUCUUCAAAUGAUUCAUUUUUCUAUGAUCCUUCCAUCCGUCGCUAUUUCAAGGACUAUAUAAAGACAGUUUUGACAAGGAAGAACACUAUCACAGGAGUUGAGUACAGAGAUGAUCCCACCAUUUUUGGUUGGGAAUUGAUCAAUGAGCCCCGAUGCGCGACUGAUGCUUCAGGCAACACCCUCCAAGACUGGAUAGAAGAGAUGUCGACCUUCCUAAAAACAAUUGACAGUAAGCACCUACUCACUGUGGGUCUUGAAGGAUUCUAUGGUCCUAAAAGUCCAAAAAGAUUUACUGAAAAUCCAGAGUUAUGGGCAUCAGAACUUGGAACUGAUUUUAUUCGGAACUCCAUGAUCCCUACCAUCGACUUUGCUUCUGUUCAUAUAUACCCCGACCACUGGACUCCUUUGAAAGAUCUCGAGUACAAACUAAAUUUUGUCUCAACAUGGAUGCAGUCCCACAUUGAAGAUGGUGAGAAAGAGCUCAUGAAACCUAUCAUGUUUACUGAAUUCGGAUUGUCCAGUGAGAACCAGGGUUUUAACCCAGCUCAGCGGGAUAGGUUCUACAAAAUUGUUUUCGACAUUAUAUACAACUCUGCAAAGAACAAAGGACCUGGAGCAGGAUCCUUUCCGUGGCAAUUCCUUGUCAGAGGAACGGAAGAGUACAAUGAUGAAUUUGGAAUAGUUCCCUGGGAGAUUCCAUCCACAUAUAAGCUAAUAACUAAACAAUCUUGUGGAGUAGCACGGACACGAGGAGUUAUGCUUUGGCAGACAGAACACUUGAAACAGUUGUGUUCGCAUUGAUCAUGAGUUUCAAGUUAUAACCAAUAUUGUUAUUAUAUAAAUUGAAUUGUGCAGGAUGCUACGGGUGGAUAUUAGUUUUGUACAACAUCGUUCAUUGUAUAGGUAUAUGUGAUUCAUUUUGGUGGAUAUUAGUUUUGUACAACAUCAUUCAUUGUAUAGGUAUAUGUGAUUCAUUUUGGUUUGAAAGAAGAAGGAAAAGGAUAUAUGUAAGUAUGUAACCAUGUUUGUGAAUUGCUUUUUAUCAUGUAUGUAAUAAUAUUUUCUGUAAUUUUGUAAUAUGUAAUAGUAUGAAUCUUCUAUCAUUUUUCGUAAUGCA